UCCGCUUAUCUAUUUUAAUAAAAUUUCCUGUCGGCGCCAAGGCAACAAUGAACGCUUUUUAUUGGCGGCAAUCAAAUCAGAUUAAUAAUUAGUUUGCAAAUACACGAUAUAAUUGUGCUGGACCGCUGGAGUAUGUGCUGAUAUUGGAGAAUCAGAAAGUCUGAGGUAAAGACGUAGCGGUAUUAAUAAAGCUUUAUUGAGGAAAAUAUAUUUUCUGGCGCCGUAGCACAGAUAGCGCGCAUGUCUUUAACUCAGAGGUUAUGGAUUCAAGGUUCGGCUCCGGCUCUCCGCUACCACUGGGCAUGACAACUUCACAAAGUUCAAGUUACUUUGUCAGCCUUCCACUGUCAAGUUUGGGUCAUGCAUCUGGUGAUUGCAUUGGUUUUGCAAAUGCAAUUAAACAUCACCCUUUGCAAAAGUAUGAAGGGGAAGAAUCAAAGCAAAAAAUCAAAGUCAUAACUCAUGCUGUUGUUGAGUGGUUUUUAAGCUGGGAGCCAUGGCAGUGGAGAAUUCUCUUCUCUGGUUUGGUAAACAGAUUUGAAAAGUCGCAGCUUCAGAGUUUGAGCAUCGCUGUUGAGUCAGUUUUCCAUCGAGACUUUCUCGCUGAUCUACAGGACGAGUACCCUAUGCGGAAAGUCAGAGCUCGACGCAAUUCUCCUACCAUGCAGCAAGAGUCUAUGGAAUGCACAGAGAGCAACAAUGUUGAAAUGGGAGAAGUUUCAGAGCUUACAUUUCGAACUGACAGUAAUGCUUUUAUUUCAAAAAACUUGAGUGACUCGAAUGGUAGACCAAGUUAUGUCAGUGAUUCUAGAAUCACUAGAUACUCAAGCACUCUAAGUGAGGUAAAAAGGCUGCAGUUAAGUGAGCAUGAAGAAGUCCCACGGUCCACAUCAAGCUCAAGGAACCUAUCACCUAUUGAAGAAAGCAGUGCAAGCCUUGGACCUAGGCCAUCACCCCACAAUGAGAAAACACCAUUCCUAUCUCUCACCCCACAGUUUUCCAACUUCAUCAGUGCAGCAAGAAUAGGCACAACAGCAUCAACAAGCUCUGCUCAGUCAGUGGCUCCUAGUCUUUCACCUAUAGAAGAAACAAGCCCAGAAAACAGCUCCAAAGGUGCUUCUCCUGCAACAGCCUUAAAUGCCACACAAAACAAGUUCAAUCAAAAUAGCCAAACAAAAAGUACACUACAGGCUGCCCCUCAAAAGUCCAAACUUGGCAAAAAUACGAAGAAAACUCUCUCAGGUGAUCUUGAACCAGUCCGGGCAGACUCUGCUGCCUCCAAGUGGACAAUGGGUCCUCCUGAAGAUGAAGAGAUCUCUGGCUUCCACACCAACUUUACUGAGAUGAGUGUAAAAAUGAAAGAUUUCUUCCCAGCAGAAAACCAGAAAGUUCUAGGCAAACCAGUAGCUUCAAGAAGUCAGAUUGGAAGUGCAUUCAUGCAGAGGUUUGACGUCUGUAGAAACAAGAUACCCGGUCCUACAGCAAAACAACUUUACAAGAACAGCAAAUUCUGGUCAACAGAAAAGAUCACCGUGGAAGCAAAACCUCAAAGACUAAAAGAGGAUUUCGGAAAACAGCUUCAAAAAAUUUGGAAUUGGUUAGAGUCAUGGCGUGACCACCAGAUUGUACAGUUGCUUCUCAAACUUUUGGCACAUUCUGAUGGAGAAACUGUAAAGUAUGUGGCGCACUGCAUCAAGCUAAAUGCAAAAAAUGUUUCCUCUACUGAAAGUACAGCGUCCUUACUACCAGAUAACUAUUGGUUGUCUGUAUUUGACCACCUAUCUUCAGUUGACAUAGCUCACUGUGGAGAAGUAUGUAGAUGGUGGUACUGCCUUGCACAAACUGAUUGGUUAUGGAAGAACAAAUGCAAAGAAAUAGGAGAUGAGUAUGGUGUUGAAAACUUCCUACAGCUGAUGGAAGAGACAGCACAUGAACACGAAACUUUAGACUGGAAACAAGCAUACAUUGAACUGCAUGAACGCAUGAAAAGAAAUGCGUCAAAAUUUUCUGACUUGCGCUCAAGUAGCAAAGCUUCUGCUUUCUCAGAUGGUAAUCAGUGCCCAUGUUCUAAUUAUGUUUUUAAAAUUUUACUGCAGAAAUUAUGGGUUAAACUAUUACUGAAUAGAAUGAUUUAAAAUUUAAUGCAUAUU